GCAUGAUGGAUAAGGCGCUCUUCAGAAGGUACGUCGGUAACAACAUCAUGCUGCUGACAAAGGCCUUCCGAAAAAUGUUCAUCAUCCCAGACUUUGAGGUUUUCACUGAGAAAAUCAAUGAGAUGUAUGAGAAUGCACAACAGCAGGAUGGGGGCCAAGUAAGUAAUAGAUGCUCAUAAAUAUAAUCAUCUGUAUCAUGGCGGUGAGGAACAUAACAGAAGUAGUUAUGGUAUCACAGCAGAUAUCAUAGGUUUCUAUGCCGCUUAUCCUCACCAUUGUAUUAUUACAAAAAAUAUACAAAGAUCUAAUAUACUGUACUGUAACAAGAUGGGGCAUUACAGAGCAAGGCCGUAAAACGGCGGGGUACACCCUGGAAUGGUCGCCAGCCAAUCACAGGGCACAUAUAGACAAACAACCAUUCACACUCACAUUCAUACCUAUGGACAAUUUGGAGUCGCUAAUUAACCUAGCAUGUUUUUUUGGAAUGUGGGAGGAAACCGGAGUACCCGGAGAAAACCCACGCAUGCACGGGGAGAACAUGCAACCUCCACACAGAGAUGGCCCAGAGUGGAAUUGAACCCUGGUCUCCUAGCUGUGAGGUCUGCGCGCUAACCACUAGACCGCCCACAGCAAAAUAACAUCAGAAAAAAAUAGCGUUUUCUCAACUAGCAGCCCUUCACCUCAAACCACACCCACACAAAGUAGAGUUUAUCUUAAAGGGGAACCUAUUAUGCUCAUUUUUCCACCUUUUGUAUUGAGUUGUGGUCAGAAAAGUUUUUUUGAUUUUCCAGAAUCUGCACCUAUUCCUUUUGUAUUUGCUUUGAUUUGUGCUUCCUGCCAAAACGGACUGUUUUCAUUUAUUCCACCCACCGGGUGUGUCUGCUCCUCUGUGAUUGUUCACACGCCCAAAGUGCUUCCUAACUAAGAACCAUAUAAGGAAGUCUGGUCCUCUGUGACAUCACAAAGGAACGGUUUUACCCACGCCUUUUCAAACAGAACAUUUUGAGCCAUCACAAACUUCUUUCAGGGCUCACUUCCAAAUGCACAAACCUCAUUAUCUGAAACUUUGGUAUUGUUUAACACAAGAAUACAACAUUCUAACUACAUUUAUAGGUCAGAAAAGUGGAAAAAGCAUCAUAGGUCCCCUUUAAAUAUGUGGUAAACAUUUAUUGUCGGAACUUCAAACAUUGGAUAACUUUGAAGUGUAUAACAACAAGUAUAACGGCUUGGUUAUAAGUGUUCAUAAUCUCUACACAUUUACACGAUAACUCAUCUGGAGCAAGUUCACAAUCAAUAUUUAUCUAAUAACUAAUAAACAUAAACUGUUGAAAUGAAAUACUAAAUCUCCUCAACGGAGAUGUUUUCUCCCUUUCAGUCAGCCAUGGUCGACAUAACUUGGUUUGUUGCCAAUCAGUGGAUAGAAAAAUGUUAUUGUCGGCCAGCUAGCUGGCCCUUGUGUGGUAUAUCCAAUCAGUUAAAGAAACUAUAUGUCAAUAUAGUUUAAGUUUUUUUUUAAUCACAAUGUGUCCCACCUUGGUAGCAUCCUAUUAGCAAAGCUAAACAACAUGGCAAUCGGAACAGGAAGUUACGUCACCAGCAUAUAAAUGACUUACUUUUACUUUCAUGAAGAUGUGACUGUUCCCAAAGACACGAUUUGGCAGUGAGAUCAACAACCACCACCUUCCUGUUUUGAAUCACAUCAAGAUCAUGUCUUCAGUGAAGGUGGCUGAUUACAUUCCUCAACUGGCCAAAUUCAGCCCUGACCUAUGGGGUGCGUCUCUUUGCACCAUUGACGGACAAAGACACUCAGUGGGUGAUACCAAGGUUCCCUUCUGUCUGCAGUCAUGCAUCAAGCCUUUGGAGUACGCCAUCGCAGUGCACGAGCUCGGCAGUGAGCACGUGCACCAAUUUGUGGGCAAAGAGCCCAGUGGAUUCCGAUUCAACAAACUGUCCCUGAAUGAUGACGAUAAGCCACACAACCCAAUGGUGAAUGCUGGCGCUAUCGUUAUCAGCUCUUUAAUAAAGCCCGACUCAAAUAAAGCAGAGAGGUUCGACUAUAUAAUGGACUUCUUAAAACGCACAGCUGGAGCAGAGUACGUGGGCUUCAGCAAUGCGACCUUCCAGUCUGAGAGGGAGACAGGCGAUAGAAAUUUUGCCAUUGGUUAUUACCUCAAGGAAAAAAAGUGCUUCCCUGACAACGCAGACAUGAUUGCGGCUCUCGAUUUCUACUUUCAGUUGUGCUCCAUCGAGGUCACAUGCGAGUCAGGCAGCGUCAUGGCGGCCACCCUGGCCAAUGGGGGAAUUUGUCCCAUCACGGGUGAGCGUGUGCUGAGCACCGAGGCGGUUCGGAAUACGUUGAGUCUCAUGCAUUCCUGCGGGAUGUACGACUUCUCUGGAGAGUUUGCCUUCCAUGUGGGCUUACCUGCUAAAUCUGGGGUUUCUGGUGCCGUGCUCCUCGUAGUCCCGAACAUCAUGGGUGUCAUGUGUUGGUCUCCACCUCUGGAUCGCCUUGGGAACAGCGUGAGAGGCAUUCACUUCUGUCAGGAGCUGGUCUCUCAUUUUAAUUUCCACAACUAUGACAACCUGAGACACUUCACCAAAAAGCACGACCCCAGACGACGAUCAGAUGAUGAGCCGAACAAGUCAGUGGUAAACUUGAUGUUUGCGGCCUACAGCGGGGAUGUCUCUGCUCUGAGGAGGUUUGCUCUUUCAACUUUAGACAUGGAGCAGAGAGACUAUGACUCUCGCACAGCUCUUCACGUGGCCGCUUCAGAAGGCCAUGUUGAAGCUGUCAUCUUCCUGACUGAGGAAUGUAAAGUGAAUCCUUACAUCAAAGACAGAUGGGGCAACACGGCUCUGGAUGACGCCAGGCAGUUUGGCCAUCAAGUCAUCGUCACCAUUCUGCAGCAGUACCAGCAUGUACACACCGACAGCGACUCAGCAAGCUACAAGGAGGAGCGGAAGGUUGCCAUGGAUACACUGAAGAGCAUCAAUUGAAGGACCAGAGGAGGUUUUAAAAUACAAGUAAAGCACUUAGGUAGCGCUAAAUGAAACAGGGUGACUGAGACAUGUGAUGAAUGUAUGAUGUUAAGAUACUGUAUCUAUUAAUGGUGUGCAGGGUUACAUUUUUCUUUUUAAAUGUGAUUGCUCAAUAUUAUACGGCGCUCUACUGUAAUUAAUAUUUAAUUGCAUACGGAAUGUCACGUUGUCGGAUUUUUUUGUGCUGUAUCUGUUUUAAUCUAAUUUAUUUUUAAAUAUGCUUGCUAAACUAUGCAUGUCUGAUUCAUAUAUUGGCGUAGUCGCGCUCAUUAUCAACUACAGCAUGCAGUAUGUCGUUAUUUUGUAUGUUUUUAAGAGUAACUCCUCAGUGCUGGUCUGUUCUUGUAUCUAUUGGUUGCGUUCACACUUGUUAUUUUACACAAUACAGGACCAAACAGGAUAUAAAGACUGGUAUUGGAACUGGAAUGCUGCAUUUUAUUGCAAACGCUGAUCCGAAACACAUGACUAAUUGCCAGGUAGUAGUAGUAGGUGAAACAGGAAACCAGAAAAGGAACGUGACGAUAUAAUUAGGAAACUAAAUGUGUUGUAUUACUUUGAAUUUGAGUUUAGUGGUCAAUGGAAACAAAUGGCUCUUUUCAUGUUAAAAA